AUGACCGUCUCCGAGAGCAAGGAGCUCAGAGGGCUCAACCUCAUCGCUGCUCACUCGCAUAUCCGUGGGUUGGGUGUCGAUGGCACAACAUUGGAGCCCAGAGCUGCUUCUCAGGGUCUGGUAGGACAGGAGAAGGCCAGGAAAGCUGCCGCCGUUAUUCUGCAGAUGAUCAAGGAGGGCAAGAUUGCUGGCAGAGCUUGCUUGAUCGCAGGCCCCCCGAGCACGGGUAAAACCGCGAUCGCAAUGGGCAUGGCCCAAUCCCUCGGCCCCGAUGUCCCCUUCACCAGUCUCGCCUCUUCCGAGAUCUUCUCUCUCGAAAUGUCCAAAACCGAAGCUCUUACACAAGCCUUCCGAAAGUCGAUCGGUGUCCGCAUCAAGGAGGAGAGCGAGAUCAUGGAGGGCGAGGUCGUCGAGAUCCAGAUCGACCGCAGCGUCACCGGCGGCGCGAAGCAAGGAAAGCUCACACUCAAGACAACGGACAUGGAAGCUGUCUACGAUAUGGGCGCGAAGAUGAUUGAUGCCAUGACGAAAGAGCGCGUCAUGGCCGGCGACAUCAUCUCCAUCGACAAGUCCUCUGGCAAAAUCACCAAGCUCGGACGCUCGUAUGCUCGCUCUCGCGACUACGACGCCAUGGGCGUCGAUACCAAGUUCCUCCAGUGCCCCGAUGGCGAGAUUCAGAAGCGCAAGGAGGUCGUCCACACUGUCACUCUCCACGAGAUUGAUGUCAUCAACUCAAGAACACAAGGCUUCUUGGCGUUGUUCUCAGGAGACACCGGCGAGAUCCGCAGCGAAAUUCGCGACCAGAUCAACACCAAGGUCGGAGAGUGGAAGGAAGAGGGCAAGGCCGAGAUUGUGCCUGGUGUCCUGUUCAUCGAUGAGGUUCACAUGCUCGACAUCGAGUGCUUCUCAUACAUCAACCGCGCUCUUGAGGACGACCUGGCGCCCGUCGUCAUCAUGGCUAGCAACAGGGGUAACUCCCGCAUCAGGGGAACCGACUACCGCAGUCCCCACGGUCUUCCCCUGGACUUCCUCGACCGCGUGGUCAUUAUCCAUACCAACACCUACACUCCUGAGGAGAUUAAGCAGAUUCUUACCAUCCGCGCGCAGGAGGAGGAGGUUGAGAUUUCCGCCGACGCCCUCGCUCUACUCACCAAGAUUGGCCAGGAGGCCGGCUUGCGAUAUGCCAGCAAUCUUAUCACGACAUCCCAGCUCGUGUGCAACAAGCGGAGGGCGAAGCAGGUCGAGAUUGCCGACGUCCAGAGGAGCUUCUCGCUCUUCUACGACCCGGCCCGCAGUGUCAAGUUCGUGUCCGAGUCGGAGAAACGCCUGAUAGGCAAGGAUGGAGCCGUCGACUUCACCGUCACCAACGGUCACGGCGAGAAGAUGGAUUUGAGUUAA